AUAAUAAUUAUAUAACGGACAGCAAUAUAAAAAUUACGUUGUAAAUUAUUUAUAACAUUUUAAAGAUAAAGAAUUAUGUUUUCUUUGAAUCGACUAUAUUCCAAGCCAGGAGUUUAUGUGACAUUUCUGCCACGUACUGAUUCAAUAUUGCCAAAGAGAUUCAAGAAUGAAUUUUCUUCCAAACGUGCUUCUAAGCAUACAAAGGAGUUAUAUCAAACACUUGGUGUAACAGAAGAUUGUGAAGAUGAAACUUUAAGAUUGGCAUUUGUUUAUCUUGCAAAACGAUUCCAUCCAGACAGUGGAACGCCAGAAGCUAGUGCUGUUAGAUUUUCUGAGAUUGAAAGCGCUUAUAGAGAAAUUCGAAAAAUUAGAAAUACUCAAAAAGAUGAAAAGACAUUAUCAGAAGUAGAAGAAUUUGAUAUCAAGCAUACAGCACCACAACAUCGUCAUUAUCUGAAUUUUGACGUGGGAAUUGGCACACCAAGCAAGAGGCAGAAACUGCACACGAUAGAAAGAGCUCAAAAAGCAGUUGACAAUGUAAUGGAGCACAGAUUGAAGAAAUUGCAAGCUGAGGAACGUAAUACAUUAAUUGGUAUGGAUAAACAAAGAGCUAAGGAUAUUAAAACUCGUUAUGGCAUGGAUCGUUUGGUUGAAGACUUGAUCCAAGAGGCAAUGAAUAAAGGCGAAUUUAGUGAUUUACCUGGCAUGGGAAAGCCAUUAAACAAUACAAGUCCUCGAAAUCCUUACGUUGAUUUUGUAACUCAUAAACUAAAUCAGAUAUUAAUAGACAACGGAUUCACUCCAGAAUGGAUACAAUUGUCAAAGGAAAUCAGGGAAGAAACUGACGAGUUAAAAGGGAGAUUAUCAGAAGUACGUAAUGAUUUAGGAGAACUCCCUUUAUCUAUAAAAGAUGAAACAACAUGGAGGAAUAAUUUAGAAAAAUUCGAAACUCUGGCAAAGCAGAUAAAUAACAAAAUCGAUAAAUACAACUUGUUAGUUCCUAUACUCCAGAAACAGAUGCUUCACAUUAGCUUGGAGGAGCUUGCUAAGAAAGCGUUAUCGGUGCCACCUUCUAAAAAUAUAAAAAAGUAUGCGGAUACUAGUCAUAAAAAUUUGAAUGAAAAUAUGUCACAGGACUUGUUUAACUUUAUAAUUGAUAUAUUUAGUAAAAAAGUUCGUUAGAAAGUAAGCGUAAUGUGAUAUCAAAAUGUGAUAUAAAAAUUACAAAUUUGUAUAUAUACAAAAAAUAAUAAGACGAGGUGUGAGUAGCGGUAUAA